AGUUGCUCGUGCCCGGCCAACCUCCUGAGGGUGCGGUCGAUCAACUCUCGGACGAUGGAAACUACGCUAACCUUUUGUGCAGAUCUACAGGGGUUGCCCGCAGAUGCUUCCAAUGCUCAGCUCAAGACAAUUCAUGGCGCUCUCACAAAGCAGGGAGAUGCUCUGCAGGAGGUGGCAAAAACUUUUUCUCAAACGACGGACCAAGAUGGUGGUGUGGCGGCGGCCAACAGCCCUCUAAUCGCAGCAGCUAUGGAGCACACCAAGCUGGCAUCUCUCGGCAGCCUGCAUCUUCUUGCCGCCCAGGCAGAGGUACUCACCCCGCAAGAAGUGCCUGCGUUCAUUGACGUGACUCUGGCCUUCCUGGAGCACUGCAACUGGCACCAGGUCACGAUCGCGCCGAAACACCUCGGCAGCGUAUGCAAAAAGUUUGGCCAAGUGUGCAUCUCGGAGGGGAGGGCAUCAGAGGCGCUCUUGCCGUUGCGAAGUGCUGCAAUCAAGAUGGACGGUGACAGGUCAAGCCUCACGCCGCUACACCCAGAGUUUCUGCAGUGCUGCAUUGCGGCAAAGUGCUACAGUCUCGGGGCUCGGUUUAUGGACGACCGGCCUAUCUUCGGGGUUGAACCCGUGGCGACGGGUCUUACCCCAGUACACUUUUUACGGCACUUCUACUACGGAGGAAUAGUGUACGUUGGUGCAAAGCAAUGGAAGGACGCCUUGGAUAGCUUCCUGAUGCUCCUCACCAUCCCGGCGAACGUGUUGAGCUCCCUUGUGGUAGAGGGGUACAAGAAGAUGAUGCUGGUGUCCCUGAUCAUUUCUGGAAAAGUUCCACCUCUCCCCAAGUACGCGUCCAAUUCCGUCACGCGCCACCUGAAGAGCCACACUUCUGACUACGAAGCCCUGGUGUCAUGCUUCCAGGUGGGAGAUGUCAAGGGGCUCAACGCGGCGGUGGUUGCAGGAAGUGAGAAGUUCAGCCAGGAUGGCAACAUGGGGCUCGUGAAGCAGGCAGUGACCGCCCUCACCAAGCGGAAAAUAACCGAGCUCACUCAUACCUACAUCACACUACCUUUGAGUGAUAUCUCCGAUAAGGUUGGACUGGCACACGCUGACGAUGCUCAAGGCUACAUCUUGAACAUGGUGGAGGCUGGGGAAAUAUGCGCCCAGAUCGCGUACCCCGCUGGAACGGUGCACUUCCGGGAAGACACCAACACGCUUUCGUCGACAACCAUGACGGCGCGGUUGGAGGCUGACUUGCGAAGCACUGCAGAGCUGACAGAAAGAGUUCGGAAGCUGGAGGCCAGGUUGAUCGUCAACCCAGUUUUCAUCCAGAAGAUGGUCGGCGAUCACUCUCUGCCCGGCGCUGGCCUGGGAGCCGCGGCCGGAUACUCAGCCUCGUGGGACGACAUUGGCAUGGGAGAUUGAUUGAACAUGACUAUGGCUUUCGCGUGGGAGAUUCGGUGCCUUUUGUCUGGCUGAUGGCGGCUUCGUUGUGCGAACAUGCGCAUUAGAUGUAGUGGAGCAUGUGAAACCGGUGGUUGCUGGUGUUUGACCAAUGAAACAACCGCGCGCGAAUAUGAUGUGCCGGAUGGGCUGCAAUAGGUUGAGCGUGCAUGUCAUGAAGACCCUGCAUGGCUGCGUCGGCUGUGUGCUGGUGUUUCUCCGCCUUGAAGUAUCCACGUGCUUGAUCAUGCUUAACUUUUUAUGGCCAGCAAGCAGCCUGCUACGCUUAUGACAAUAGAGACAACACUCUGCUAUACGGUGGUCGCUUCAGUUCGUGCAUAACCGCAAUAAAUACUGCUGCUGUUGCAU